GAAGCACUUCAAUAUUUUGUUUUGGUGGUUCCCCAUAUUAAUACUGUUUUUAACAAACGUUUAGUAACUAAUAGCGGGUUGACUUUCUUAUUAAUUGCUUAAAACGUUAAUAUCGUGUCAAAGUAGAGAAAUAUGUUGUGAGAGUGACGAAAUAGCUCAACCAUGGAAUCACUGUCGAAGCAAGAGUUAAUAUCAACAAUAACUAAGCAAGCCGAUCAAAUCAAGCGUUACGAAGCACGUUUGCGAGAUGUAGUUGCAGCAUAUAAAGGUCUUGUAAAGGAGAAGGAAGCUCUGGAGAUCAGUCUAAAGGCACUCAAUAAAACUGAGAGCCCUGUGGAGGUGUAUGGUGGAGAUGAUUCUGUGGCGGCCCUCACGUCCUUAUCAACCCUCACAGCAGAGAAAGCUCGUAUGGAGGAGGCUUUCCAAGCAGACAAAAAGGUUACGAGAGAUAAGUAUGAGAAUAUAAUUGCGACCAUGCGUGAGGAAACAAAAACAUUAGUGCAACAGCAUCUUGUUGAGAUGAACAACUUGAAAGCCAAGAUAUCAUAUGAAAUUCAGGAACGGGAGAAAGAGAGAGCUGACCAUGCUGCUAUGUUGAAGGAACUACACCUGAAAUUAAACAGUGAGAGAAAAAAUAAAGAGAAACUAGAAGACAAAGUUGUGAACUCGAAUGAAGCUCAGGCAUCACAAGCGGAGCUGGAGAAGCGAGUGCGCGACCUCAGCAGCUCGCUGGAGGCGGCGCAGCGCCGGCUGCAGCGGGCCGAGGCGCGCACGGUGGAGACGCCCGCCAUGCUGCUCCGGCUCCAGCAGAAACUCGCGCUGCUCGAGCAGUCGCACUCCGUCGCCAUUCGAGAGGAGCAAAUAAAGGCGAAGCGUGCAGAAGAAUCUGCCCGCAAGCAAUGCGCUCGCCAGGAAGAGCGCGUCGCCGCCCUAGAGGAGAAGGUGGCCGAGCUGUCGCACACCGUGGGGUGCUACGACGCGAGGCGCCAGACUGACCUCCGCACCAUUCAGACCCUCAGGGACCAGCUCAGAGCGAAACUGCUCACGGAUUUAAGUACUGACGAGAAACCCUCACCAGAUGUGUCAAAUAAAAGUGAGACGGACAACGAAAAACUAGCCGACAGCGAGUACCUGCAAAACCUGAUAGACAAAAUACACAUACUGAAGAAGGAAUUAAUAUCGGAGAACGAUAAACUAGGCUCACCUAUCGACAUCACGACAGUAUUCAAAGUAGAUGGCUAUGAAAACAUCCAUUUGAAAUGCAAGGAAGAGUAUGAAAACCUUAAAGCGGAGUUUGAGGCUUAUAAAGCUAAAGAAGUAACGAGAGAGCGGGGAGGGGAGAGUGAGAGUGAGAUAGAGAUGCUCAAGAGUGAGAUAACGUUGUUGAGAGAUAAGAUUGAGACAUAUGGUACGCUAUUGGAAGAGGAAAGGCAGGAUAAAAUUGACACAUUGAAGAUUUAUGAAGAGAAACUACGGAACGAGCAGGAAUAUCACAAGGAGGUAACGUCGGAGCUGAAGACCCGAGUUCAGAGCCUGGAGAAGCAAGUGCAGACGCAAAGAGAUAGGUACGCGGCCCUGCUGGACGAGACGGACAACUACAUCCGCGGCAGGAACGAGCGAGCGCGCCGCGUCAGUGCGGAGGACGGCUGGAGGGACCACGGAGUGCUGGCGGACGUGACGGCGCCGCCGCACAUGCUUCACUACGCUCAAGAGUUAGCCCGCAAGGACCUCGACAUAUCCCAGCUUAGGAAGGAGAAACACAUCCUCGAGGGACAGUAUCGAGAUUGCCAACGUGAAGCUACUAUUGAGAAAGAGCGGUUCAAAGAAGUCGUAAGAACUCUGAAAGAGGAAAUAGACAGACUUCGACGCAUCCAGUCGCGCGAAGGUGCAAACCUGGAAUACCUGAAGAACGUGGUGAUGGCGUACCUAAUGUCUACAGACUACGCCGGAAGGAAACACAUGCUCAACGCGAUAGCCGCGGUGUUACAUUUCACCACUAGCGAAAAGAACAUGGUGCUAUCGACUUUGUGAUUCGCCACUAACUGUCGAUCGGUGUUGGUCUGGAAUUGAAAUGGAUGGUGUUUAAUCGUUUUUAGUUGUAAUAUUUACAUAUGUUGUGAGUUGUUGUAAACCUUUUUUAAGGUUUGCAAGUGGACUGCUUGUUCGAGCACCGUUGUAGUUGAAUCAGCAGUCAUUCAAGUGAGGUAUAGCAUAGAAUAGGUUCUCCAAAUAGGUUUUUUUUAAUGUAAAAUUUGAAGCAACUAAAUCGUUUAUUUGGUUUAAAUGAACACUUUUGAUUUAAUAUAUCGAUAAUCGACUACUAUGUAAAAUAAAUCCUAGUAGCGUCUUAUCGAUUUGUAAAAAUCGAUACUCUAAACAUUCUGCGACUAUUAAUUGUCAUUACAUGGUGUCUGCUUUUAUUAAUUUAAAUGUGAAUGUUUAAAAAUAACCAAAUCCUAGCACAUAGCGACGACACUUGUGGACAGAGUAAAGUGACCGAGAAAUAAUAUGUCGAUAAUCACCAUUAUUAUAACGGACUGUGUUCUUGAUUUUUUUAUAUAUUUUUAUAUUAACAAACACGUCUGCUACAGUACUCGCUGUAAUAUGGAGUAAAAAGUAUAUCGACUAUAAUUCCAUUGGUAAAUGUUAUCUAGGUAUAAUGAGACAACGGGAACAAUUAAUUUGGUAGAAGUGAUAUCAUCCAUUUUGAUUCCAGACAAAAAAUAUAACAAUGUGAUGUGAAACAAUCAAUUUCGGCUCAGUCAUGUAAGAAUAACAUUCCUGAUUAAAUUAUUAUAUUUUCAUAUUAUUAACUUUUACGAAUAAAGUGUUGUACACA